AUGUCUGGUACAGCUCCGAACAACCCUGCGCCUGGUAGCCACGCCAGCGACCGCGGAGUCGGCCAAACACCUCUGGACGCAAACCAGCACGGCCAAGCGCAAAACAUCAUCGACGAGACCAAGGAUACCCAUGGUUCGGCGGUUGACCGCAACAUCGGCGAGAGCAUCGACGCCGCAAACGCGAAAUCGGGGUUGCCGUCGCGGGUGGAUGAGAUCCUGAACAAAUCUUCGUCGUCGUCGUCGCCUGCUGCGGGCAGCGGGACAGCUGGCGCGGAGCGCAAAGCCACGUUGGCGACCGAGCAGGGAUUCCGGGUUGGCGAGGAGGCGGAUCUGCAUCAUCUGGCUAGCAGCAAGCAGCCAUGA